CAACAUCAACUCGGUGACAGUGAUAACAAAAUAAAAGGGGUAAGGUGGAAAAUAGAACUGCCUUCAGGGACUUACCUUUACAUAAGCUUCUUGACAGGCUGAUAGAGCUGGGGUUGUUCAGCCUGGAGAAGAGAAGGCUCUGGAGAGACCUCACUGCAGCCUUCCAGUACCUGAAGGGAGAUUAUAAAAAAGGAGAGAGAUGGACUUUUGAUAUGAGCACGUAGUGACAGAACAAGGGGUAGUGGUUUUAGACUGAAAGAGGGCAGACUGAGAUUAGAUACAGGAAAAAAUUCUUAAUGGUAAGGGUGGAGAGGCAGUGGCACAGGUCGCCCAGAGAAACUGUGGACGUCCCAUCCCUGGGAAUGUUUCAAGGCCAGGUUGAUGGGGCCCCGAGCAACCUGCUCUACUGAAAAGCGACCCUGCUUUCCGCAGGGGGUUCGAACUGGAUGAUCUUUAAGUUGGUGUCUGCCUUCUGCCACAAAACUUCACCUUUGGAGCGGAUGGAGGAGGAAGGCAAUGAUGAUGAGGAGGAUGAUGAAUUGGACAUCUUUGGGGGUUAUGACAGCCUCACGUGCUACAACAGCAGCAUGGGUAGUGACAGCAGCUCCUGUCUGGAGGAGUCUAGUGAUGAUGAGGUGGCAGACCGGGAAGCUGGAGAGCUUUCGACCUCUCUGAUGCAGCAGCCAUCCACAGGCCGGCUCACAGAAGACAGUGGCUCCGAGCCAGCUGUGUGUGAAAUGUGUGGAAUCGUGGGCACCAGAGAGGCUUUCUUCUCCAAGACCAAACGUUUCUGUAGUGUCUCCUGCUCCAGGAGCUACUCCUCAAAUUCCAAAAAGGCCAGCAUCUUGGCCAGACUGCAGGGGAAACCACCAACAAAGAAAGCUAAAGUUCUGCACAAGGCAUCCUGGUCAGCCAAGAUUGGGGCUUUCCUCCAUUCGCAGGGCACGGGACAGCUCGCAGAUGGGACACUGACAGGUCAGGAUGCACUCGUCCUGGGCUUUGACUGGGGAAAGUACCUGCAGGAGCACGGCUACAAGGCAGCUCCUGUCAGUUGCUUCAAACAUGUGCCGCUCUUCGAUCAGUGGGAUGAUGUGGUGAAAGGUAUGAAAGUGGAAGUGCUGAACAGUGAUGCUGUGCUCCCCAGCCGUGUGUACUGGAUUGCAUCUGUCAUCCAAAUUGUAGGAUACAGGGCCCUUCUGCGGUAUGAGGGCUUUGAGAACGAUGCUGGUCAUGACUUCUGGUGCAAUUUGGGCACAGUGGAUAUUCACCCCAUUGGCUGGUGUGCCAUCAACAGCAAAAUCCUGGUACCACCACAAACUAUCCAUGCCAAGUACACUGACUGGAGAAGUUACCUCAUGAAAAAGCUGGUGGGAGCUAGGACCAUCCCAGUGGAUUUCCACAUGAAGAUGGCGGAGAGCAUGAAGUACCCGUUUCGGCAGGGCAUGCGGGUUGAGGUGGUGGAUAAGAACCACGUGUCCCAGACACGUAUGGCAGUGGUGGACACAGUAAUUGGGGGCAGGCUGAGACUCCUCUAUGAGGACGGUGACAGUGAUGAUGACUUCUGGUGCCACAUGUGGAGUCCCCUCAUCCAUCCUGUGGGCUGGUCACGGAGAGUGGGCCAUGACAUAAAGAAGACAGAAGAAAAACGUAAUGACAUGGCAAACCAUCCCACCUUCCGGAAGAUUUACUGUGAUGCUGUCCCCUAUCUGUUUAAGAAGGUACGAGCUGUCUAUUCUGAAGGUGGAUGGUUUGAGCGAGGCAUGAAACUGGAAGCCAUUGACCCCCUGAACUUGGGCAACAUCUGUGUGGCCACUGUAUGCAAGGUUCUCUUGGAUGGGUAUCUCAUGAUCAGCAUUGAUGGAGCAACGUCUGAUGAUGGCUCUGACUGGUUCUGCUAUCAUGCCUCCUCACAUGCCAUCUUCCCUCCCAACUUUUGUAAGAGGAACAACAUUGAAUUGACCCCUCCAAAAGGGCAUGAUGCAAAGACAUUCAACUGGGAACGUUACCUGGAAGAGACCAAAUCAAAACCUGCUCCAUCACGUCUCUUCAACACAGACUGUCCAAACCAUGGCUUCAAGGCAGGCAUGAAGGUGGAGGCAGUGGACUUGAUGGAACCCCGGCUCAUCUGUGUGGCCACGGUGAAGCGUGUAGUCCAACGUCUCCUUAGCAUCCAUUUUGAUGGCUGGGACAAUGAGUAUGACCAGUGGGUGGACUGCGAGUCUCCAGACAUUUAUCCUGUGGGAUGGUGUGAGCUGACAGGCUACCAGCUUCAACCACCAGUGGUUCCAGAGCCCACAACUGCAGCGAAGGCCAAGGAGGUGCCCAAGAAGAAGAAGAAACCCUAUGGAAAGAAGAGAAAAAAGUUACCUGCCAAAGCCCGCAGUGUCAAGCAGACUGUCAAGAAGCCUUCUGCCACGAAUUCAAAACGAGAAGCAAAAGCUACCAGCCAGGCUUUGCCAGAACCAGCACCUGAUGAGAUCAUUGCUGUGCGGGUGAAAGAAGAAACCAUUGAUCCUUCAGAUGCAGAAUUUGGAGAGACAGAGCUUCCUGUUCCCAUCAGCAGCAUAAAGCAGGAAGACACAGACUGAUUUGGAGCAUUCCCUAGCUGCCCACAGCAGCUUCAUCUUGUGGCUCUUUAGGGAAGGUCCUGGCAAAGGGAAAUAGAGGACCAAAGAGACCUUCCUCUUUUAAAGCAGACCACCCUGCAGCAUCAUAACUCUGCUUUCCUGGUGUGCAAGGAAAUUUCCCCCAGACUUGUAAUAUUAAGCCCUGGGAAACAGCAGAAAGACUGCAGGCAUGCUGAGGAGCAUGACUAGGGUGGCUUCUGUGGUUGUGCAUGCCUGAUUUUGAAGGCACCUUUUGGAGCAGGAGCUCGAAAGAGGGAAAGAGGCUGCUGGAGCACAAAAGGCCAGUUUGGGUUCUUGGCUGUGGCUGGAGGUGACAAGCUGCUGUCCAACAUGAGUACAGGAUUUAUCAGGAAAGCAGCUGCCCCCAUAGGACUUUGGUGCUAUACUGUCUGGUCUAUGGGCUGCAAACUCCAAGAAAAUCAGGACAGGAAGAGUAGAAAGAGGUGAAGAAACAAAAAGAGAUGAUGAUGCCUGCUGAAGAAGUGAGAUCUUUUUUCAUAGAAUCAUAGAAUGGUUUGGGUUGGAAGAGGAUCUUAAAGAUCUCAAGAUCCUCAUCUAGUUUCAAUACCCCUGCUGUGAGUAGUUUCAAUACCCCAGCUGUGAGUAGGGACACCUUACACUAGACCAGGUUGCCCAGAGCCGCAUCUGACCUGUCCUUGAAUACUUCCAGGUAUGAGGCAUCCACAACUUCC